CACAGCGCCGGGCAGAGGGAAGAGACGCACCAAGCUGCUUCACCGGGAGAGAAGAGCGAUCCGAGCAGAGAAAAGGAUGCGUCUCUCCUCUGAUUUCUGACAAGAACUUGGAUUUUUGACAAAUAAUUUGACUGAUUUUUCUCUGCAGAGAGAACUACACAGGGACUGUUUCGACGCAAAGAGCAAGCCAAUGAAUUUUGUCUUGUCUGGUAAGGAUAUACGAAAAGGAGAGACUUGUGAUGAUGCUUAUUUGACAAGAAGUCAGUGGAAUAAGGGAGUCGUGAGAAUAACGAAUUUCUCUUCUUUCAGGGGGAGAAGAUAGACUUUUUUCCGCUACAGUUUGAGAGGAGAGAAAAGGGAGGAAAAAGAGGAAAAGCAGAAGGGCUCACAGACGCAAGAGACAAGAGACUGAGGAGGUAGAAGAGGAUUAACCGAUCAGGAAAGAAAUAAAGAACAAGCAUCUCUAUUGAUUUGUGACACAUUGUAGUGGCAAACGAUUCAGAGAAGCACCGAGGGGAUAUUUUGUUUGUCUUCUUUUUCAUAGAGGAAAGGACACUGCAAAACGACACAGAUGAUGGUUUUCAUGAUGAAGAUCGGACACUGGCUGUGGAAAGUGUGGAUUUGAAGCUCCCCGUUACUUUUUUGUGUUGAAAUGGAACUGAAGGGAGCACAUACAUACUGACGAUAGCCACCGAGAGCGCAGGUUGGAGAGACAACCUGUGCGCCCGUCCCUCCUGCCCGCUCUGCGUCUCUGCUGCCCCCCCUCUCUCUCUCUCUCUCUGUGGAUGUUCACUGAAUUCAUUUUUCGGAUGUGAGGGAUUUAUCUAGUCUAUGUUAGAAGGAGGAGGCAAAGAAAAACGCUUCUCUCUCUCGCUCUCCCUUUCACUCCCCCCGCUCUCUCUGUCCCCCCUCCGUUUUCUGGAUGUGAAGCAGCAUGCGGCCCGGUGAGAGCUUAGAGGGCUCGCGCUCGGCUCGCGGAAGAUGUAUUGAUGCAAAUAAUCUCGCUAAUAGCGUCACGGAACGCUGUCUUGCUCUCCCCUCGUCGAGGAGGAGGAUGAUGAUGAAGAAGAGGGUGACGACGAAGAAGAGAGGGAUGAACGGGAGGAUGACGGACGGAGGAAUGAAGGCGAUGCGCUAUUUUCUCUGGACUCUUGUGCUGUGCUCGCUCUCCUCUCGCGCGCAAGGCUUCAUCUAUACCUGUGGGGGUACACUGAAAGGACGAAAUGGCAGUAUAGAAUCGCCUGGUUUCCCCUAUGGCUACCCCAAUGGAGCAAACUGCACCUGGGUUAUUGUUGGGGAAGAAGGAAGUAGAAUCCAGCUCAUCUUCUUGUCAUUUGCCAUAGAAGAAGAAUAUGACUUCCUGUCCUUGUAUGAUGGACACCCCCACCCUGCUAACUUCAGAACAAGGUUAACAGGCUUCCAGGCUCCUCCCCCUGUCACCAGCACAGGGAAUGUUUUCUCUUUGAGGUUGACCAGCGACUUUGCUGUUUCUGCUCAUGGCUUCAAACUCAACUAUGAAGAACUACACAGUACAUCUUGUGGGAAUCCAGGUGUUCCACCAAAAGCGGUGCUAAGUAGUGGUGGCCGUUUCGCUGUAGGAGACCGGGUGCAAUACAGCUGCGUCCCUGGUUACGUCUUAGACGGUCAUGCUACACUCACAUGCAUAACCAAUGCAGCAAACAUUGCAGUCUGGGAUUUUCCUGCUCCUAUUUGUCGAGCUGAGGACACAUGUGGGGGCACUGUGAGGGGCGGCAGUGGGGUGGUGACCAGUCCCGGUUACCCCGGCAACUAUGGUAACCAAGCCGACUGUACUUGGAUCCUUUUGGCCGAACCCGGAGACACCAUCUCUGUCAUCUUUACAGACUUCCAGACCGAAGAAAAGUAUGACUACCUGGAAGUGGAGGGCUCAGAACCACCAACCAUCUGGUUGUCGGGAAGUAACGUCCCCUCUCCAAUCGUUAGCAGCAAGAACUGGCUCCGACUGCAUUUUGUGACCGAUAGCAACCACCGUUACCGAGGUUUCAGUGCACAUUAUCAAGUGAAGCGAUCAGUAGAUUUUAAAUCGAGGGGCGUAAAAUUAUUCCCUGGCAAAGACUCCAGCAACAAGUUUUCAAUAUUGAAUGAAGGUGGUGUCAGACGGGCGUCUAACUCCUGCCCUGACCCAGGAGAGCCGGAAAAUGGAAAACGCCAUGGAAAUGACUUCAGCAUUGGGAGUGUGGUCCAAUUCAGUUGUGGAGAGGACUACGUGCUGCAGGGCAGUAAAACCAUCAGCUGCCAGAGAGUGGCCGAAGUCUUUGCCGCCUGGAGUGACCACAGACCAGUCUGUAAAGCAAAGACGUGUGGCAGUAAUCUUCAGGGGCCAUCGGGGACCUUUACAUCUCCCAACUUUCCAAUUCAAUAUGAGAGCAAUGCCCAGUGUGUGUGGAUAAUUACAGCAUCAAAUCCAAAUAAGGUGAUCCAAAUCAACUUUGAGGAGUUUGACCUAGAGAUAGCCUAUGACACUCUGACUAUAGGAGAUGGAGGAGAGGUGGGAGAUCCUACAACUAUACUUCAGGUCUUAUCAGGCAGCUUUGUGCCUGACCUGAUUGUCAGCAUGACCCACCAGAUGUGGCUCCACCUCCAGUCAGAUGAGAGUGUUGGAUCUAUAGGAUUUAAGAUCAACUACAAAGAAAUAGACAAAGAGAGUUGCGGUGACCCUGGGACCCCUCUCUACGGAGUAAGAGAGGGCGACAGCUUCUCAAACGGGGGAAUCCUGAGGUUUGAGUGCCAGUUUGGCUUUGAGCUGAUCGGAGAAAAAACCAUCUCCUGCCAAGAUAACAACCAGUGGUCUGCGAACAUACCCAUAUGUAUAUUCCCCUGCAUGUCCAACUUCACAGCUCCCUCAGGAACAGUCCUCUCCCCAGAUUACCCAGAAGGCUACGGGAACAACAUGAAUUGUGUCUGGCUCAUUCAGUCUGAUCCAGGCUCGAGAAUCCACUUGGCAUUUAAUGAUUUCGACCUUGAGGCACCAUACGAUUCCCUGACUGUGAAAGAUGGCGAGACAAAUGAUGCCCCUGUCAUCGGGAGGUUCUCCGGAGCCGAGAGUCCAUCCCACCUGACGUCCAACACCAACACUCUGAGGCUGGAAUUUCAGGCCGAUCACUCCAUGUCUGGGAGAGGAUUUAAUAUCACUUACAGCACGUUUGGCCACAAUGAGUGUCCGGACCCUGGUAUUCCCAUCAAUGCUCGUCGCUUUGGAGACAGCUUCCAGCUCGGCAGCUCCAUCUCUGUGGUGUGUGAGGACGGUUUCAUUAAAACCCAGGGAACCGAGACCAUCUCCUGUCAGCUAGAACGGGGAAAAGUCAUGUGGAGUGGGCCCAUUCCUAAAUGUGAAGCGCCAUGUGGCGGCCAUUACUCUGCUCCGAGUGGGAUCAUUCUGUCUCCUGGGUGGCCCGGUUACUACAAAGACUCCCUCAGCUGCGAGUGGGUGAUCGAAGCUGAGCCAGGACGUUCCAUCAAGAUCACAUUUGAUAGGUUUCAGACAGAGUUGGGUUACGACUUCCUCGAGAUCCAUGACGGGCCGAACCUCCUAUCGCCUCUGGUUGGCUCCUUUAAUGGCACCCAGGUGCCCCAGUUCCUAUUUAGCAGCAGCAACUUCCUUUAUCUCCUGUUUACCACUGAUAACAGCCGCUCCAACGUUGGCUUCAAAAUACUCUACGAAAGUGUUACAGUGGACAGCUAUUCAUGCCUUGAUCCUGGUAUUCCUGUCAAUGGUAUUCGUUAUGGACAAGAUUUUUCCAUCGGAUCCACAGUUUCAUUUGGCUGUGAUUCAGGCUACAGACUCAGCCACGAAGAGCCACUGGUGUGUGAAAAGAACCACUGGUGGAGCCACCCCUUACCAACAUGUGAUGCACUGUGCGGUGGGGAUGUCAGGGGCCCCUGGGGAACCAUCCUCAGUCCUGGCUUUCCAGACAGCUACCCUUCAUCUCUCAACUGUACCUGGACGGUUGAAGUCAGCCAUGGGAAAGGCGUCCAGUUUCAGUUCAACUCCUUUCAUCUUGAGGACCAACAUGACUACCUCUUGGUAACCGAGAACGGGAGCUUCCUGCAACCUCUGGCUCGACUGACCGGCAAUGAGUUGCCUAGCAACAUCAAUGCUGGUCUCUAUGGCAACUUCAAAGCCCAGCUACGAUUCAUCUCUGACUUUUCUAUCUCGUACGAGGGAUUCAACAUAACUUUCUCAGAAUACACUUUGGAGCCAUGUGAGGACCCCGGGAUGCCCAGGUUUGGCCGGAGAAAUGGCUACAGUUUUGGGGUCGGAGACACUUUGUCCUUUUCCUGCAACUUAGGGUACCGCCUGGAGGGGGCGCCAGAGUUGAUCUGUCUAGGUGGAGGGCGUAGAAUGUGGAGUGCUCCUUUACCAAGAUGUGUUGCUGAGUGUGGCUCUUCAGUCAUAAAUAAUGAAGGGAUCCUCUUGUCUCCAAACUACCCAAUGAACUAUGAUAACAAUCACGAGUGCAUCUACAGCAUCCAGGUGCAAGCAGGGAAAGGCAUCAACAUCUCAGCUAGAACAUUUCAUCUUGCCCAGGGGGAUAUUCUCAAGAUUUACGAUGGCAAAGACAACACAGCUCAAGUUCUUGGAGCAUUCACUGGCUCAUCCAUGUUGGGCCUGACUCUGAUUUCCACAUCAAACCACCUCUGGCUGGAAUUUUACAGUGAUGCUGAAGACACUGGAGAAGGAUUCAAACUGGUUUACUCAAGUUUUGAGCUGUCUCAUUGUGAGGACCCAGGUGUGCCUCAGUUUGGAUUCAAAGUCAACGACCAAGGCCAUUUUUCUGGGAGCAGCAUCACAUACAGAUGUGAGCCUGGUUACACUCUGCACGGGGCUUCGGCACUUAAGUGUAUGACAGGUGAAAGGAGAGCCUGGGAUAACCCUCUGCCGUCCUGUAUAGCUGAGUGUGGUGGUCGCUUUAAGGGUGAAUCUUCAGGGAGGAUUCUCUCUCCUGGAUACCCUUUUCCAUAUGACAACAACCUUCGGUGCACUUGGACCAUUGAGGUGGAUUCUGGUAAUAUUGUGAGCCUUCAGUUCUUGGCCUUUGACACGGAAGCCAGCCACGACAUGCUGAAAGUUUGGGACGGCCCGCCUGAGAAUGAAAUGUCUUUAUCAGAGCUGAGUGGAUCUUUGCUUCCAGAGGGAAUCCAUUCCACUCUAAACACAGUCACUGUCCAGUUUGAGACUGACUUUUACAUCAGCAAGUCAGGGUUUGCCAUUGAAUUUUCCAGCUCCGUAGCUACAGCCUGCAGGGACCCAGGUGUACCGAUGAACGGCACGCGCAACGGAGACGGCCGUGAGCCGGGGGAUUCGGUGUCCUUUCAGUGCGACCCUGGAUAUGAGCUCCAGGGAGACGACAAAAUAACCUGCAUACAAGUGGAUAACAGAUACUACUGGCAGCCCAGCCCGCCUGUCUGCAUAGCACCUUGUGGGGGAAAUCUGACUGGCUCCAAUGGGUUCAUACUAUCUCCUAACUAUCCACAUCCCUACCCACACUCAAAGGACUGCGACUGGCUCAUUGCUGUCAACUCAGACUAUGUUUUGUCGCUGGCCUUCAUCAGUUUCAACAUUGAGCCAAACUACGACUUCCUGUACAUCUAUGACGGUCCGGACAGCAACAGUCCUCUUAUCGGGAGCUUCCAGGACAGCAAACUUCCAGAGCGCAUAGAGAGCAGCUCCAACACCAUGCUUCUAGCCUUUCGCAGUGAUGGCUCUGUUUCAUAUACUGGCUUUCACCUGGAGUACAAAGCCAAACUGAGGGAAUCCUGUUUUGACCCAGGGGUGGUUCUGAACGGGACCAGGUUGGGAUCCGAUUACAAGCUGGGCUCGACAGUCACCUUUUACUGUGAAGCAGGAUAUGUUCUGCAGGGCUAUUCGACUCUAACCUGCAGUAUGGGAGAUGAUGGGAGGCCUGGAUGGAACAGAGCUUUGCCUAGCUGUCAAGCUCCCUGUGGAAGUCGCUCUACAGGGUCAGAAGGGACUGUCUUAUCGCCAAACUUUCCCAGAAACUACACUUCCGGACAGACCUGCGUGUAUUCCAUAUCUGUGCCGAGAGAGUUUGUCCUCUUCGGUCAGUUUGUGCUGUUCCAGACAUCUCUGAAUGAUGUUGUGGAAAUCUAUGAUGGACCCACCCAACAAAACACACUACUGUCCUCUCUUUCCGGUUCCCACUCCGGUGAAUCACUGCCUCUGAGUUCAGGAAACCAGAUCACAGUAAAGUUUACCACAGUGGGACCAGAAACUGCCAAGGGAUUCCAUUUUGUCUACCAAGCUGUACCCAGGACAAGCUCCACUCAGUGCAGCUCAGUCCCGGAACCACGCUUCGGGAAACGUCUCGGUAAUGACUUUGCAGUCGGCUCCUUGGUGCAAUUUGAGUGCAACCCUGGAUACGUACUUCACGGCUCCACUGCCAUUCGCUGCGAGAGCGUACCGGACAACCUGGCUCAGUGGAAUGACACCCUGCCAACAUGCAUAGUUCCCUGUGGAGGCGUAUUGACCUCUCGCCGUGGAACCAUCCUGUCUCCAGGCUACCCAGAACCAUAUGACAACAAUCAGAACUGCGUGUGGAAGGUGUCCGUUCCAGAAGGGGCCGGAAUACAGAUACAAGUUGUGAGUUUUGCAACUGAACAUAACUGGGAUUCGCUAGACUUCUACGAUGGUGCCGACAACCAUGCUCCAAGACUUGGCAGCUACUCUGGCACAACUAUCCCCCCUCUCCUGAAUAGCACAUCUAACAACCUCUAUCUCAGCUUUAGCUCUGAUAUAAGCGUCUCAGCUGCUGGAUUUCACCUGGAAUAUACAGCCAUUGGUUUGGAAUCAUGUCCAGAGCCCCAGACACCAAACUAUGGAAUCAGACAAGGAGACAGAUUCAUGGUUGGGGAUGUUGUACAGUUUUCAUGUGAACAAGGAUACUCUCUUCAGGGAAAUGCACAUAUUACCUGUAUGCCUGGACCUGUUAGAAGAUGGAACUACCCUGUACCUCUGUGUAUCGCCCAGUGUGGUGGCUCUAUGAAGGAUGUCAGUGGGGUGAUUCUGAGUCCAGGUUAUCCUGGUAACUAUCCCAGUGGAUUGGACUGCACCUGGAGUGUUAACUUACCUGUUGGCUUUGGUAUUCAUCUCCAGUUUUUAAACUUCUCCACCGAAGCAAUCCAUGAUUACCUAGAGAUCCGUAGUGGAACGCUGGAGACGGGUUCUGUGAUUGACCGGUUCAGCGGUCCAGUUAUUCCUAAGCCCUUGUUCAGCACCACCCACCAAACCACCUUUUUUUUCCACAGCGACUACUCACAAAACAAACCAGGGUUCCACAUCACAUAUCAAGCCUACCAGCUUCAGAGCUGUCCUGACCCACGGCCGUUUCGAAACGGCAUCGUAAUUGGCACAGAUUUCAGCGUAGGGAUGACGGUGUCUUUUGAAUGUCUGCCUGGGUAUUCUCUGAUCGGAGAAGCCUCUCUAACGUGUUUACACGGAAUAAGCAGGAACUGGAACCACCCUUUACCACGGUGUGAAGCCUUGUGCGGUGGUAACAUUACCUCAUUAAAUGGAACCAUUUACUCUCCUGGACACCCGGAAGAAUAUCCAAACUUCCAGGACUGUGUGUGGAGUGUCAGAGUUCCUCCUGGACAUGGAAUUUAUAUCAACUUCACCGUUCUGAGCACAGAACCCAUCUAUGACUACAUCACUGUCUGGGAUGGUCCAGAUCAAUCAUCCCCUCAGAUAGGCCAGUUCAGUGGGAAUACCGCUUUGGAGUCUGUCUACUCAACUUCCAACAUCAUCCUCAUUAAAUUCCACUCUGACUUCUCUGGUUCAGGCUUCUUUGUCUUAAGUUACCAUGCCUACCAAUUAAGGGUAUGCCAGCCUCCCCCAGAAGUACCAAAUGCUGACAUGCUGAUGGAGGAUGGCGAGUUGGAGAUAGGUGACAUCAUCAGAUAUCGAUGCCAUCCUGGUUUCUCAUUGGUUGGCAACGAAAUUCUAACUUGUCGCUUGGGAGAGAGAUUGCAGAUGGAUGCCCCUUCUCCUACAUGCCAAGUUCAAUGCCCCGCUCAUGACGUGCGAUACGACUCAUCGGGUGUCAUCCUGAGCCCAGGGUGGCCGGAGAGCUACCCGAACCUCCAGAUGUGUUCCUGGAGCAUUAAUGUGGAAAAAGGAUACAAUGUCACCAUAACCUUUGAGAGUUUCCACACAGAGAGGGAGUUUGAUGUGCUAGAGAUUUUUGAUGGCCCCACAACCAACAGUCCAACUCUGGCAACGCUGAGCGGAGACCUGCCAACACCCUUUAACAUCACAACCUCCGGUCAUCAGUUUCUAGUCCGCUGGUCCUCAGAUCACGGCACCAACAAGAAAGGCUUCAAAAUUCGCUAUGUUGGUGAGUACCAAACCCUGUACUGCUCCACGCCAGACUCGCCCCUCCACGGCUCCAUAUCAUCUCAGACAGGCGGUCAUGUUAACAGCGUGGUGCGCUGGGCUUGUGACCGUGGUUACCGUCUUAUAGGCAAUGGCACGGCGACUUGCCGCCGUACGUCGCAGGGCUACCACUCCUGGGACUCUCCUGUGCCUGGUUGUCAAGCCGUCUCCUGCGGGCCACCUAAGGCACCAAUAAAUGGUGGAGUGCUAACUGCCGACUACUCCGUGGGAACAAGAGUUUCUUACUUCUGCAACGACGGAUACAGACUAUCCAGUAAAGAACUGACAUCAGCCAUCUGUCAGCCUGACGGAACAUGGAGCAACCAUAACAAGAUACCGAGAUGUUCUGUGGUAGUGUGUCCCAGCAUUGGGUCGUUUUCUCUGGAGCACGGCCGCUGGAGGAUUGUUAAUGGCUCGCACUACGAGUACAGAACUCGCAUCGUAUUCACCUGUGAUCCAGGGUACUACAGGUUAGGCCCCGCCCACAUCCAGUGUCUAGCCAAUGGGGUGUGGAGCUGGAAGAACGAGAGGCCGCACUGCCAGAUUAUCUCAUGUGGUGACCUGCCAUCGUCUCACAAUGGAAAGAAGAUUGGUACUCAGAUGACUUUUGGUGCUACGGCCAUCUUUACGUGCGAUGUUGGCUUCAUGUUGGUGGGGUCAGCUGUCAGAGAGUGCUUGUCAUCUGGGCUUUGGAGUGGAACGGAAACAAAGUGUUUAGCUGGCCACUGUGGAAUCCCAGAGGGAAUUGUGAACGGCCAGGUCAUCGGGGAAAACUUUGGGUACCGUGACACAGUUGUGUAUCAGUGUCUGCCUGGCUACCGCCUCAUAGGCUCAUCGGUUCGAAUCUGCCUCCAAGAUAACCAGUGGUCCGGACAGCUGCCCAUCUGCAUACCGAUCAGCUGUGGCCACCCAGGAAGUCCCAUCUACGGCCGCACGGUGGGAAAUGGCUUUAACCUCAACGAUGUGGUCAGCUUCGUUUGCAACCGGGGAUACGAAAUGGAGGGGCCCGCACGCGCUCAGUGCCAGGCCAACAGGCAGUGGAGCCACCCGCCCCCAACGUGUAAAGGUGGGGAGAAAAUGGUCAACUGCUCCGAUCCCGGCAUCCCAGCCAACUCCAUUCGGCAGAGUAAAAUAGAACAUGGCAACUUCACUUUCGGCACGGUGGUGUUCUAUGACUGCAACCCUGGUUAUUACCUGUUCGGAUCACCGGUGCUGACCUGUCAACCCACCGGACAGUGGGACAAGCCUCUUCCCGAAUGCAUAGUUGUAGACUGUGGCCAUCCAGGCUCUCCACCCAACGGCAUGCUGACUGGAGAGAAGUUCACAUUUGGUUCGACAGUCCGAUAUUCCUGUCUGGGUGGGAGGCAGCUAAAAGGAGAAUCUUCUCGGAUGUGUCAGCUCAAUGGGAUGUGGAGCUCCCCCAUGCCCUUCUGCUCGGGUGACAUUGCUGGUUCUUGUGGCGAUCCUGGCAUUCCCUCCCACGGCUCAAGGGAACAAACGGAUUUCAGGAUCCGUUCCAAGGUUUACUUCACCUGCUCAGAGGGCUAUGAGCUCAUUGGGUCUGCAGAGAGAAUGUGUUUCCCCAAUGGGACGUGGUCCGGCACUCAGCCCUUUUGUAAACCUAUUCAGUGUGGAAAUCCCGGCACUCCAACUAACGGCAGAGUAUUUCGCCUUGAUGGAACAACAUUCUCCCACUCUGUCAUCUACUCCUGCAUGGACGGUUACCUGCUCACUGGUGCCACCACCAGGCUGUGCCAGGCCAACGGGACAUGGUCAGGGGCACAGCCAAACUGCACUAUGAUAAACUGCGGGGAUCCUGGCAUCCCAGCUAACGGCCUUCGCUACGGUGAGGAUUUCACUAUUGGACAGAACGUUUCCUUUCAGUGCCAGCCGGGUUACAGGAUGGAGGAGGACGGGUCGCCUAUGAGGAUGUGCACCCAGAAUGGGACAUGGGGUGGAAACAUGCCCGUAUGUACAGCGGUGACCUGCUUGACUCCCCCUGCCAUCAGCAACGGCGUACUGCAGGGCAGUGACUUCGAAUGGGGCAGCAGUGUGAGCUACAGUUGCUCACCAGGGUACGAACUCUCAUUCCCGGCCAUCCUGACCUGCGUAUCCAAUGGCACCUGGAGCGGCAUGCUUCCGCAGUGCCUACCCAAGUUCUGUGGCGACCCAGGCACACCAGUCGGUGGUUUCAGAGAGGGUCGGAGUUUCAUUUAUCAAUCCGAAGUGUCCUUCAGCUGUUCUCCACCUCUGAUACUGGUCGGCACAGCAACCAGACUUUGUGAGAAUGACGGCACCUGGAGUGGAACUCAACCACGCUGCAUCGAACCAACUAAAACCAGCUGCGAUAACCCGGGAACGCCUCGCUAUGGCUCCCUGAACCGGACCUUUGGUUUUAAGGUGGGGAGCGUGGUGUCAUUUCAAUGCCAGUCGGGUCAUUUGCUUCAGGGAUCGUCAUCCAGAACCUGCCAACCCGAUCUGACAUGGACUGGGACACAACCUGAAUGCAUACCCCAUGCCUGUAAGCAGCCGGAGAGCCCGCUCCAUGUGGAAGUGGUGGGGAUGGAUCUUCCUGGAUUUGGCUACACCUUGGUGUACAGCUGUCAGCGUGGGUACUUCCUGGCGGGCGGCUCUGAGCACCGAGUCUGCAAGAGCGAUGGCACUUGGACGGGAAAGAUGCCAAUAUGUAGAGCUGGAGAGAAGAAGAAACCUGUGAAACCGUUACCAGGAACACCCAGCCCAAAACUUAACGUUCCAGAUGAUGUUUUUGCUCCUAACUACAUAUGGAAGGGUUCCUACAAUUACCGGGGCAGGAAGCAGCCAAUGACGCUGAGCAUCACCAGCUUUAACUCCACGACCGGGAGAGUAAACGUGACGCUCAGCAACGGCAACCUGGAACUGCUCCUGUCAGGAGUUUACAAGGCUUCAGAGGCCAGGCUUUUACUUCUGAUGUAUCAGGUGAACUAUGUUAACCAGGGAAGCCAACUGAAAGAUUCAGCCAUCUCUCCAGCCAAGAUCAUGGAGGACUCCUGGACUAUGGAUGGAUAUGUAUCAGCAGAGCCUGAUGGAUCUACCUACGUGUUCCAGGGUUUCAUUCAGGGAAAAGACUACGGACAGUUUGGACUACAGAGACUGGGUCUGAACAUGUCAGAGAGUCAAAACUCGACACCUCCACAGCUUGGUACCAACAGCAGUUCUGUGGCUAUUGCUAUUCUGGUGCCUUUCUUCGCUCUGAUCUUUACUGGCUUUGGAUUCUAUCUCUACAAGCAGAGAACUACUCCAAAAACACAGUACACAGGCUGCUCGGUGCACGAAAACAACAACGGCCAAGCUGCCUUCGAGAAUCCCAUGUACAACACCAAUGCCAAAGCUGUCGAGGGAAAGGCCGUCAGAUUUGAUCCUAAUUUAAAUACUGUCUGCACUAUGGUCUGAGGAGCGACUGUCCUCAGUCAAAAUUAAUGACUCGCAUUUCUAAUGGGACCACAACUGGUGCAAAGAUGGUGAAAAGGGCAAACUUUACCGAGGCCAAGCAUCAUGGUGUGAACAAGAACCAACCAACAAACCGAUCCUUUCUGUUUGGAAAAGAUCCCAGCUCCCACCCCUCGCCCACGCAGAGGAACAACUCUCCAGCUGAAACCAAAAUCCAGCAUCGGUUUGCUUAAAGCUAUCAGCAUCUAGUGAGAGAAAAGACUGCAAGGUGACAAAAAAAAAAGCUCAAUUUCUAUCCCCAACUCAGAGCAAGUUAUAGAAACUUUCUGAUCCGAUUCUAAACCAGACACAAACGCAAAACAUUUGAGCUCGUAUUUAACCUCGAUCGCUGUUUCUAAGACCAACUCGUGUGGGCAAGCCAUGACCUGCUGGUUGGACCCUGUGUGUCACCUCAAUUUUUACUUGAAGCAAAGAUUUAGAGAUCACAGAAGAGGUGUUCCAGCUGUAAUCACACAUCAGAAACUGAGGAGAACCUAUGACAUUAUCUAGAAAGGAUAUAUGUCAUUGAGGACACUGUGAAAAUAAACCGACAGUCAAAAAAAAUACUGACACCAGCAGAAUAUUGCUGAAGCCAACUAACUGGUUGCGAAUACCACGGGAAUACAACAACCUCACAAACAAACGGAACCAUCUCCAGUCUCAGUGACAAGCAGAGACUGGUGUUACUGGUCUCUGUUUUUUUUGUUUUCUUCUUACAUGGAGCCUAAGAAGGCUAAUUCUUCUAGAGAGACGCAAAAGUUGCUUUGAAAAGAGACUAUCCGCUAAGCGAGGGAUGAUGAUAGGGAUGGGGCAUCCCUGGAGAGGAAGCUGUAAUCCUGACUGAGCUGGGAUUAGAGCAAAGUGAAACUUACAAGGAGUCUAAAGUGAAACUAGCACUAACAGAAGAGAUGAGAGACUGACUCAUCUAAUGGAUAAACUGCCUCUAACGUGAUGAAGACAGCUUCUAACUGAACUGGAAGCAGAGUGAGUAAGUCAUUAGCAGAAAAAAAAAGAUGAGAUUUUACAAUCCUAA